AUGGAUUUCUGGAGAGCAACUUCACUUGUCCAGGUUGAGGUUCAUGAAGGACGUGGCGUCGCUCUCUUGAAAAUCAACCGGCCAGAAAAGAGGAACUCUUUAUCCCAAAAGCUCAUCGACACUUUAAUCGCCGCUAUUGACCUGGUGGAAAAAGAUGAUACGGUCAAGGUCGUUGUCUUGACUGGGAGCAGAGCCGCGGGCCCAUUUUCAGCCGGAGCUGAUCUGAGCGAGAUGCUGCACCUCACCACCGCCGAAGCACACAAGAUCCAAUACCUCAAGGACCUAAACGAAGCAGUGACUUCAAUGCGCAAGCCCAUCAUCGCCGCCGUCGCCGGCUUUGCCCUCGGCGGCGGCUUCGAGCUAGCCAUGAUGUGCGACACUAUCUACGCUGCAGAGGAUGCCAAGUUCGGUCUACCCGAGUUAACAGUCGGCACGAUUCCCGGAGCGGGCGGAACUCAGCGUCUUACACGGAUCCUAGGGAAGCAAAAGGCUAUGGAUAUGAUCCUCACUUCUGCUACUGUUACCGGGAAAGAGUUAUACGGAUUUGGAUUGGUAGCACAAGUGUUCACUGCUGAUGAGCUGGUGCCUGCGACACUGGCUGCGGCUUAUAAGAUUGCGUCGCGCUCGGCACCUGUCGUGAAACUUGCAAAGCAGGCAAUAUUGAAUGGUAUGUGUUUCUUUCGCUUCGCCGUCUCGGGGUCUUCAUUGCUGACUUUCAAAGCCGAGGAAACACACCUUGAAGCUGGUCUCAUGCUUGAACGCAGUCUGUACUAUAGUUCGUUUGCCUUGGAAGAUAAAACGGAGGGAAUGGCUGCUUUUGUGGAAAAGAGACAACCUGUAUUCAAGGACAAGUAG